GGGCACUGGCAGUUGGAAGCAUGACAGAGGUCAGGUCAAGAGGACCUCAAAGACAGAAGAAAUAAAAAUAAGAGUUCAUCACCAGUGAGACUUGUAAUCAUCGAGAAGAAAAAAUAAGAUUCAUCAUGUCUUUCAUGGUCCAUAAUCGGAAAGGCAGCAAAAAGCAUUUUCAGGUGGACCCUCUACUGAUGCCCAAAGUUCCUCGAAUCAAUUACAUGCACCUUCAGGAAGAGAAACACAGGCUACAGCUAAAGAAAUUCCUCCUUCACAGGAUGUUUCUUGUGGGCCACCUACAAGCCAAUGUGGAGAAAAAGCAGAUUUCUGAAUACUACGAGCACCUCUUCCAGUCAAUUCUGAAGCAUCACUUAGGAGAGGCAGUUACGGGCUUACUGCUCAUAUACUCAAACACUUUUCUGCAUAUCCUUGAGACCUCCAAUGGCACGCUCUUCCGAAUCCUUUUAGAUUAUGUUGCCCACGAGAAGGAAGACAAAGAAUUUAUCAUCCAAAACGUCAAAAUUAUAGUUGCUUCUCAUAACAUCCCCACAAGGCUGUUCAUGCAGUGGCAUGUUUCUGCCAUCAAGGUUCCCGUGCUGUAUCUAGAUGACGUGACACAGUCACAGUCUCUCUCGGAGGUCACCACAGAUUUUCUCACCAUGACUCACAAACUGGCAUUUCACCUCUUUAAGACCGUGAAAGUCGGAAUGAAAGGGCCGGGUGACAACUUGCACCAAAUGGCCCCUGACCUCCUCCUCCCAGAACAAACUAUCCAAUACCUGUGCAAAGCUGAUGAAUUCAUGGACCCAGCAACAUUCUUAAGCAUGUAUAACAGACCCAUACAUGUCACCCUGGAUUCUGAGAUUGUGUGGCCAGCUCCUUCCCGAUUCUAGGAUGGAGAGAGAUUAUGUGUGCACAUCUCAUAAAGAUUUUGUACUACUUUAGAAACAAAGAAUUUCUAAAGUUACUCUUUCAAAAAAAAGGAUCAGAAUAUGAAAACAGCUUAUCUAAAGCUAAACUUAAGAAUGCAUCUGCUUAUUCUGAUCUAAAGCUUAAUAAAUUGUUUCAGGUAAUUGGGUUUAUUAAAUUUUAAAUUCCAUCAUUUUCAUGGGAUAAGUCAUCUUUUUUUCUUUUAAGGAAAGUAUAGUUGAAAGGAAUUUAACACCAAUUAGGCAUUUAGUUUCUCAAGCAUUCUCUCAACAUUUAACAAGAAGUCUUUAUGAUAUGGUAGAAUAAAUAUGUUUAGGGUUAGAUCAUUUCUAACAGUUUAACCCUUAAGAAACUUGCAAGGUAAAGUAACAAACAACCAUAAUAUAUGUGUGAAAUAAUGUCUAAUAGUAUGUGAUAUACUCCAAAUGGUAUAGUAGGAAGCGGUAGAAUAAACUUGGAGAAUAUAAGGGAAUAAACCACUAAUUAAAAAUCCCUAAAUCCGAGAAAAUAAAACCUAACCUCUGAAAAUAAUCCUAAACGCCCACAUUCUGACCUAUACAAUCAGUAAUACUGAAAUUAUUAUAAAGAUGAAAGACACUGGAGUUUUCAAAACAACUAGAAAACGCCAUCAAAUUUCAAUACAAUUUUUUAUGCAACAUUGAUUCAUUGAGCACUCCUCUGUAUGACAGGCAUUUUUCAGUCUCUAGAGAUGCAACAGUGUUCACACAAGGCAUUGUUCUUGCCCAAUUGAAAAAUUUAAUAUUAUAUGUAAGCAAUAUUAUAGGAUACAAGUAAUCCAUGUUGUGUCAGAUGGCAUCUUAUUGACAGGGUAAAUAGUUUGAAAAAAAAAAGGUAUUUUCUAAAGUAAAAAGGUGACCAAAAGUGUAGUGUAUGGUUAAAAAUUAAACAUCAACUUAAGUUUAAACACUUAAGUUAAACAUAAAAUUGUGCCUCAUAAUAUUACGCAAAAAAUUGUAAUACAUCCAAUCCAACAUGCUCCUCUUCCAGUGUGACCUUCAGGUCCAUCCUAUUUUAUACGACAGGAUUUACGUUUAAAAUCUGGCAUCCUUUGUACCUGCUUUUGCUGACAGAGUGUGGCAGAAGUGAUGCUGGGCGACCUCAAAGGCUAAAUCAAAACUCUAAGUGCCUUGCUUUUUCGACUUGAACCUGAGCUCCUACAAUACAGGCACUAUGCAAUAUGAAUGCUCACAGCUGUCUCCAGACAGCAUUCUCAGCAAUGGCAGAGACGACAGCCAAGUGCUAGAUGCUGAGUAAGACUUGGUGGCUCCUGAUUCUCUGCUUCCAGGAUUACAAGAAAUACCAGUUGACACUGUAUGAAAUAGAUAUGGACUCUUCCUAGGAAUCCUGCUCAAAUUCUAGACCUGAGAUGACUGUGUAGUUGUCUAGAACUAUAACAUGUGUGCAUGUAAAUGAUUUUAUCAGUUGCUAUUCAUUCUUUUUUGUACAUUACUAAAUGUCUCCAAGUAAACACUUACUAGGAAACCAA